UAGAAAAUACAGCUGGGUAGGCAGCCGCGCAGCGCCCCCGCGUCUCCUUCCCCUCCCGUUGCUAGCCCGCCGGGACAGAGCGGGACGCGGCGGCCGGGGCGCAGCGGCGGGACGACAAUGCAGCAGGCGGAGAAAGCAGGAGGGGCAGCGCACGGCAACAUGGAGGGAGGCGCGGAGCGGGCCAGCCCCUGAUGCGGCUCUUUCUCCUCCUCCUCCGGGCAGCGGCUCCGGCGGCUAUUACCUCCCUGGCGGCGGUUGGCGGCGGCGGGUGGAAAUGAGCAGAUCGGCGGCGCUUCUCCUCUGCCUGCUGGGCUGCAACGUGUGGAAGGCGGUGACCAAAACCUUAGGGGUGCCUGAGGCAGCUCAAGAAGUAACGCUGAAGGUCCAUGUAAGCGAUGCCAGCACACAUCAGCCAGUAACUGAAGCCUUCAUUGAGAUUUUUACCAACCAGAUCUCCAUUGCAUCUGGAACCUCAGGAGCAGAUGGCACUGCCUUCCUCAAGUUUCAGUAUAAGCUGGGCAAUCAGCUGAUAGUGACUGCUAGUAAACAUGCAUAUGUGCCAAAUUCUGCACCAUGGAAACCUGUAAGAUUGCCUGUGUUCUCUUCACUGAGUCUCGGCCUUCUUCCUGAACGCUCAGCUACUCUCAUGGUCUAUGAUGAUGUAGUCCAGAUAGUCUCAGGAUUUCAAGGUGCACGAACUCAGCCACAAGUUCACUUUCAGAGAAGAUCUGUGAAAUUACCCGAGAACACUAGCUACAGCGAUUUGACAGCAUAUCUGACUGCAGCCAGUUCACCCUGGGAAGUGGACAGUUUUCCUUAUUUGCAGGGAUUAGAUGGAAAUGGAACAGGAAACAGCACUAGGUAUGACCUCACCCCUGUCACUGCAGUCAGCGUUCAUCUCCUCAACAGCGAUGGGACUCCAGUCCCUGUGAAUGGCCCCAUCUAUGUAACAGUGCCUCUGCCAGCAAACAGCAACCUGAAGCACAAUGCGCACGUUCCAGCGUGGAGGUUUGACCAAAAAUUUGGGACAUGGCUGAAGAGUAGUUUGGGUCUUGUACAACAAGAAGGAAAUCAGUUGACUUGGACUUACAUUGCACCUCAGCUGGGCUACUGGGUUGCAGCUAUGUCACCUACUGUCCCAGGUCCCGUUGUAACUCACGACAUUACCAGCUAUCACACAAUGUUUCUUUUGGCAAUUUUAGGAGGGAUGGCUCUCAUACUUCUAGUCUUGCUGUGUCUGCUUUUGUAUUAUUGCAGAAGAAAAUGUUUAAGACCACGUCAGCAUCAUAAGAAACUGCAGCUUUCAACAGCACUGGACACUUCUAAAAAGGAUCAAGCAACCUCAAUGUCCCAUAUAAAUUUAAUCUUUUCACGUCGUGAGUCAGAAUUUCCUGGCGGAUUGUCCGUUGCUAGCAAUGGACACACUGAAAACUCAGGUGCAAAGGAAUUAAUCAGUGCUGUCCACAUGGAGAUGGCAUCACCUAGUGGAGAAGCAGAUAUGCAUACACCUAUGCUCAAACACUCAUUCAGCACUUCCCAGGAGUUUAGUGCGCGAGAGGAACUGAUCUUUGAGAAGGAGAAAGACAAGAGCAGAAUUUCCUUGGAUGACCUGACUCCCAGUGGGUCUCUAAGGAAGGACUACCACAAGUCAGCAGAUAGUUUUCCUUUAAAGACAAGAAAAUCUACAGAAACAGCUGAAGGCUAUGAGUCCCCUAUCAAAGAUGAGUAUAGGAGGAGUUACAAUGCUAUGCUGUCUCAGCCUUUGUUUGAAAAGCAAGAGAGAGAAACUCAAGUAUCUAUGAAUCAUAUUGCUACUGGAAGUAAAUACAAUAUUCAGGAACAAAUAUACCCCACACCUUCAGCCCCUGAAAAAGAGCUGCUGGACUGCAGACCUACUGAUUGUAUGAUGUCUCGUUCAGUUGAUCACCUUGAAAGACCUACAUCUUUCCCUCGACCAGGUCAGUUAAUCUGCUGCAAUUCUGUUGACCAAGUCAAUGACAGUGUUUACAGAAAAGUUUUGCCUGCGCUGGUCAUCCCAGGUCAUUACAUGAAAUUGCCAGGAGAGCAUCCUUUUGUUAGCCAGCCACUGGUUGUCCCAGCUGACCAGCAGAUUGAUAUAGAAAGACUUCAGGCUGAGCUUCCUAACCCUCAUGCACGGCUUUUUCCACACCCCCCACAACAGCUGCAACCCCAGCAGUUAGCAUCCCAAGCAAUAUCUCAGCAACAUUUGCAAGAUGCAGGUGCAGCUGAGUGGAGUCAACAAAAUGCUUCCAUGUCUGAAUCUAUUUCCAUUCCUGCCUCACUCAACGAUGCAUCCCUGGCUCAAAUGAACAGUGAAGUGCAGCUUCUUACAGAAAAGGCUUUGAUGGAAUUAGGAGGUGGAAAGCCACUGCCUCAUCCUCGAGCAUGGUUUGUUUCUCUAGAUGGACGUUCAAAUGCUCAUGUUAGACAUUCAUACAUCGAUCUCCAAAGAGCUGGUAGGAAUGGGAGUAACGAUGCCAGUUUGGACUCUGGCGUUGACAUGAAUGAACCAAAAUCUGCCCGAAAGGGAAGAGGAGAUCAUCUGUCUGCGCCACAGAGUCACCCACCAGUGCAAGAGCACCAGCAGCGAGAGCGGAAGGUUUCAGAUAGCACAGCUUACACACAGCUUGUGUACUUGGAUGAUAUGGACCAAAGUGGCAGUGAGUGUGGAACAGCGGUUUGUAGCCCUGAGGACAAUGCUCUACGAUGCCUGCUAGAAGGCACGAGUAAGAGAAGUGGUGUGCAGCUGCCCAGCCUGCAGGAGGAAACAAGAACUGUGGAUACCAAACCAGAGCCAUUAACUAGUCCUGAACAUGGAACAUCAGUUCAAGAUGAGGAGGAGGAUGAGGAAGAUGACCAAGGUGAAGAUAAGAAGAGUCCUUGGCAAAAGCGAGAGGAACGACCACUAAUGACUUUCAAUCUGAAGUGAGCUAUUGUGAAAAUCCACCAUUCAGUGGAGUAUGAAAUUGCCAAAUAUUCUUUCUGUGGAAGUGCUUGAUUUAUUUUUUUUUCCUUUCUUGUUUUUUGUUUUGUUGUGGAGAGAAGAGAAAAACUGUGGUGAGCAACAUUUGAAAGAACUUAAAUGCAUUACUGUGUAAAUGUUAGAAAAGAAUUUAAAUCAUUCCUUUGAUUUAACAGCUGCCUCCAGUGAGAUAUCUGAACAAAGAGUGUGAUUAUUAUUCCAUAUACUUGAUAUUGGUCAUCCAGGAUGUUGAAAAUACUGACAAGUUCUUUUGGUUGGUUUAUGACCUCAAUCUCCUUAUGAAUGGGAGCUGGUAAAGCUUUUGUUUUGUAGGCCAAUUUUAUGUUGAUAAUGCUACUGAAAGUAUCUUAAAAACAAGGAUUUGACACGUGGUGUCCAAAAUUGUGCAUUAUCUCAAUGAAAGGCUAUGCAUUGCUGCUUUUAGUAAUAUUUUGCUUAUACUAUGCUUUUCUUAAUUUUACAAGUUGGUUGUAAACAUUUUAUGUCCUUUAUUAUAAACUACUCAGCAAUUUAUUUUAAUGUAAAACUGCAGGAAACUUGAGUAGCAUCCCUUAGCAUUGAAGCCUUUUUAUGAAACCAAACUGAACUUUGUGUCGACUAAGAUUCCUCCAAUUCUGGUCCCAUUUACUCAAAGUGCCUUUUUUACAGUAACAAUGAACAGUCCCUUCUUUUGCUAACUCCUUUUAAUUGACCCCAUUUGAGAUUUUAUAAAUUUCUGAACUUCUACCUUUUAUUUUAAGCUGCAUGCCAAGAGUCCCAUUUUGUGCUGAGCAUUUCUCAUUUCAAUACAGUGUAUUCUGUAGCUAUCCUGUAUAUUGUGGAUUCUGUUUAGCCAGGAUAGACUUAGAAGUCAUUUUAAAGGGCCCAGAGUAGCCAAGAAGAUAGUUUCAUUGACUGUAUAUAUUGUUAGUUUCCUCUGGAAUCAUAUGAGUUGAUCAUGCUCAUAUAAAAUGGACUAUAGACCGAGCAAGUGGACUUAAUGUGUCUAGAAAAAUUCUGGGAAAGAAAAAACAAAUAACAAUGUACUAUCCAGAAGUGCCAGAAUGACUCUUCUGUGCUUUCUCCAUACAGAGCUGCUUGGUUAUCCAAAAAUUAUAAUUAAAAAUAAAGUGCAAAAAAUA